GCGCCUACAUUAAGGCCUCUUCGACGUGGGACCUGGUCGGCUUUAACUCGGUUGAAACCAGAAUUUUUGUUUUUGCGAAUUUUUAGCACAUUUUCACCCAAAAUGUCGGUAGAAUUUGAACUAGCGCCCGGCCGCAUGGUGGGAGGAGACCACCCCUGCUUUGUGGUGGCAGAAAUCGGACAGAAUCACCAGGGGGACAUCAACAUCGCCAAAGAGAUGAUCAAGAAAGCUAAGGAGGCUGGUGCAGAUGCGGCCAAGUUCCAGAAGAGUGAACUAACGAGGCGGUUCAACCGCGCGGCCCUGGCUCGGCCGUACACCAGCCCGAACGCCUGGGGACCGACCUACGGCGAGCACAAGCAGCACCUCGAGUUCAGCCACGACCAGUACAGGGAGCUCCAGGCCUACGCCAAACAACAAGGCAUCUACUUCUUCGCUUCGGCUAUGGACGAGAAAGCUGCAGACUUCCUGGCUGAUGAGUUGGACGUCCCGUUCAUCAAAGUCGCUUCAGCUGACGCCAACAACCUGCCCUACCUGAAGCACACCGCCAGUAAAGGAAAACCUAUGAUCCUGUCGUCCGGUAUGCAGUCCAUGGGCAUCAUGGAGCGGGCCGUGAGCACCGUGACUCAGAACAUGCCGGGCGACAAGCGCCUGGUCGUCAUGCAGUGUACCAGCACGUACCCCCUCCCCCCGGCAGACGUACAUCUCACCUGUAUAAAUCUUUUCAAGGAAAAGUUUCCCCACGCCGUGAUCGGGUACUCUGGGCACGAGUCGGGCAUCUCCAUCUCCCUGGCGGCUGUCGCUCUCGGCGCCAAGGUCGUAGAGCGUCACGUGACCCUGGACAAGUCCUGGAAGGGCUCUGACCACGCCGCGUCUCUGACGUUUGAAGAGUUGAAGGACCUGUGCGACAACAUCCGGAUCGUGGAGACGGCUCUGGGCAAACCUAUCAAGGAACCGCGCCCCAGCGAGCAGGGACUCUUCAAGAAGCUGGGUAAGAGUGUGGUAGCUGCCUGCGCCAUCCCGGCCGGGACCAAGCUGACCAUCGACCACCUGUGCGUGAAGGCGGCCGAGCCGUUCGGCAUCCCGCCUGACCAGAUCUACGAGCUGGUUGGUCAGACCGUUACCAAGGCAAUCGAAGAGGACGCGACCAUUCCGAAAGAAGCUCUGGCGGCUUAGGGGAGGACAGGCAUCGGCACUGUAUGCACUCUCAUACAAUAACUACAACUAGUAACAGAUAACGUUAUAGAUUUGUGAUCUAUUGGGGGAUUGAAUAGAAAAAUUAUGCUUUGCUGUACAUUGCUAUGCGAGGCAAUAUCUAUUAUGGAAAUGAAAUAUCAUUAACAGCAAAUUUUCUGGAAAACGUUUGUAGAUAUUUAUGUGCUAUAAGCCAUAAGAUUACUGCGUUGGGAUGGUAUUUCUAUAGCAAAGAUGAGUAUAGUCCUGCGUGCAUUUAGAAUGCUAUCUAGACAUUGAUUUUCUUGCAAUGGGAACACGGCAUUUCAUGUGCCUUCUUAGAAAAUGUAAUGUUUACAAACGGACACAUCUUUGUAUUCUGGCACUUUUCAGAAUUAGAUUUGGGAGAAGCCUACAAAAUAAACGGUAUAAACAAGAAAA